AUCAUCUUCUAUCCAUACCUCGAGGCGCGAACAACAAUGCCGGCCCGAUCUGCCGCUAAGCACAAUGCUUUGCGGAGGUCGAAUUCUAGAACUGGAGAGCUUCUGAAAAAUCCUAAAUUACUCUCCGCGGUUGCUUUGAUUGUAGCUGAAUCCAUAUUUGUUUCUCUGAUAAUCGCCUAUGUUCCAUAUACAAAGAUAGAUUGGGAUGCUUAUAUGUCUCAGGUAAGUGGAUUUCUCGGAGGAGAGAGGGAUUAUGAGAACCUGAAAGGAGACACUGGGCCUCUGGUAUACCCAGCUGGCUUUCUCUACCUUUACUCUGCCAUACAAUAUGUUACCGGAGGUCAAGUCUUUCUUGCUCAGAUUCUAUUUGGAUUUCUCUACAUUGUAAACCUUGGAAUUACUCUAUCCAUCUAUCUGAAGACUAACGUGUUAAUGUACACAGGUUCCCUGGUGGGCUUUGCUAUUGCUUUCUCUCUCCAAAAGGGUUCACUCCAUCUUUGUUCUUCGCUUAUUCAAUGAUUGUUUGGCCACAACUAUCCUGCAUGGUGCGCUGCUCUCACUUCUUUAUCAGAAGUGGCAUCUAGGUCUAGUAAUAUUCAGUGCAGCUGUUUCCGUGAAAAUGAAUGUGCUUCUUUAUGCUCCCGCUUUAUUGCUCAUCAUGAUGAAGGCAAUGAGUAUUGAUGGAGUUAUAUCUGCUCUAGCUGGGGCCGCACUUGUGCAGAUUGUCUUAGGGCUGCCUUUUAUCUUGCCACAUCCAGUUUCAUAUAUAUCAGGAGCUUUCAAUCUUGGCCGUGUAUUCAUCCACUUUUGGUCUGUUAACUUCAAAUUUGUACCUGAGGAGAUGUUUAUCUCUAAAACAUUUGCAGUCUCUUUGUUGGCUGUUCAUCUGACACUGCUUGUUGUUUUUGCUCACUGUAGAUGGUGCAGACAUGAAGGGGGACUUUUUACUAUCUUAAAGUCUCAGAUUAUUCAACUGAAGCAAAGAAUUAUAGCGUUAUUCUCCAUAUCACGUAAAGCCUCCUAUCAAAGUUUAGGCCACAAAUAUAUUCAACCAGACUAUAUUGUGACUACAAUGUUUGUCGGAAACUUCAUUGGCAUAAUAUGUGCUCGUUCCCUCCAUUAUCAGUUUUACUCUUGGUACUUUUUUAGCAUGCCAUAUUUACUGUGGAAAACAUCGUUCCCAACCAUUGUUCGUUUGCUGUUGUUCGCACUAGUGGAGUUGUGCUGGAAUGUCUACCCAUCCAGUAUUUACUCAUCCAUCCUGCUUCUUUCUGCACAUUUAGUCAUUCUAGGAGGUCUAUGGGCAGCUUCACCAGAAUAUCCUUAUGCGGAUAAGGCAAUUGAUACAUCAAAGAAGGGUAGAUAAUCAACUUUUAUGUGCUGAGUUGUUCAUAGAAGCUAUUGAGUAGAUCACUUUUCUAGGUUAGCAAUUCAAUCCAACUUACAAUCCCUGUCUUUCAAAUUUUUAUAUUCUCCAGUGUAACCUGGAUCAAUAAAUGGCAUCAGAGCCUGUGGCUUGAGUCACACCAUCUAAGUUAUGGUUGUAACACAAUACCCGGGGUAAUUUUAUUAUUUUUUCUAUUUAUGGUCUAAAUAUAGGAUUCACAACGUGAUUUCGUAUAUGAUUAAUAUGAAAGUGUUUAUAAAUUUGGA